AUGUCUGCUUAUUCGGAGACCAACUUUAAUUCACAACAUUAUGAUGAUUCAAGACCUAAUUAUACACCACAAUUUUACUCAAAGUUAAUAAACUAUCAAAAACAGAAAGGUUCAUUUGAUUUGGCAGUCGAUAUUGGAACUGGUUCAGGAUUUGUUGCUUUUGAAUUAACAAAAUACUUCCACCAAGUUAUAGGUACUGAUCCUUCUCCAACAAUGAUAGAUCAAUGUAACAAUAACACCAUCAAGGACAACAUAACAUUUGUAAUUGGUACAGCAGAGAAUCAACCACCAACCAUUAAAUCAAAUUCAGUAGAUUUAAUUACUGGUGCCGAAUGUUGUCAUUGGGUAAAUCAUGAAAAAUUCUACAAGGAAUCUGCAAGAGUAUUGAAACAAAAUGGUACCUUAGCUUACUGGUUCUAUAAAGAUCCCAUUUUCAUAAAUUUCCCUGAAGCAAAUAAAAUUUAUGAAAAUUAUACUUAUAAUUCAUCAAUAGAAACGAAUGGUGACUCUUUUGAGAAAUGGAUGGGUAACUAUUAUCAACAACCAGGCCAUGACUAUUUAAGAACACUACUUAAGGAAAAAUCUCCACCAACUGAUUUAUUUUAUGACAUAGUUAGACAAGAGUAUAUAGUUGAUAGAGAUGGACCACCAGCACCACAAGAAGAUCCUUUUGAAACUAAAACUCCAUUAUUUAUUCGUAAAAUUAUUGAUAUGAAAUGGUUUUUAAAUUAUGUAAAAAGUUGGAGUGCUUAUCAUUCAUGGAUGAAAGAUCAUGGUGAUAAAUAUGAUAUUGCGGAAGAAUUUGUGGAAGAACUUAAAAAUAAAAUGAAUUGGAAUGAUGAUACAAAAGUUGAAGUUAUUUGGGAUACAGUGUAUACGUUUUCAAGAAAGAGAUAG